GCCCGACACACGCACACGCACCGAGUGCAAGAGUUCAACAGCGUUAGUGUACGUUUGACUUCAAUAAUAAGGGAGUGGAAAUAUUCUUCUUCUUUUUUUUUCAUUUGGGAGGGGGGGGAGUUGGGAGUGUCAUUUCAUUCAGCCACUUCUCUUCUGCUCGGGACGAAAGUCGCGCUGCCGGUGUGUUUACUUUUGGCCACGUUGCGCAUCGCGACGGGCAAUUACCGCGAGUGACGCCGCUGUUCACGGGAUGCGUGCACGCGCUGCAGGUGAGACGCGGAUUCCACUGCGCAGAGUUGCAGAAAAGGACGUAGUGAAAGCGGACCAAGACCACUCCACCACCAUGAAGACGGGGGACUGUGGUAAUCAGAGUCUGGGUGAAGUAUGGCCUCUGCACUGCGUGUCUGGCAGCAAUUAUGGCAGCAAAGGGAAGAGGAUUAAGGUACUGUCCCAUCUAGGCCUUCCAUUAGUGGGAUUGAUGUUGUUGGCCACCCUCCCGUUUGGAGCAAGCAUCAAACAAACUGUGCCCAGGGUCAAACUCAGCCAAAAUGAACUGCUGCGAGCCGGCAGUGUUUCUCUGCUGAUGGAGCCCUCCGAUGGCCUGCACUCCCACUCGCUGCUGCUGGACGAGGAGAGAGGUCGUCUUCUGUUGGGAGCCAAGGAUCACAUCUACCUGUUUGACCUCGACAAUCCGGCCGGAGCCCCCAGAGAGAUCCAUUGGCCGGCUCCCAGAGACAGAGUUGAUAUGUGCAAACUGGCGGGAAAAAAUGCAAAUUUGGAGUGCGCCAACUUCAUAAGGGUCCUCCACAACUACAAUCGCACACAUUUGUAUGCCUGUGGGACGGGAUCCUUCCACCCCAACUGUGCUUUCAUCGAAGUCACAGGCCACCGAGGGGAUGGCGUCUUCCAACUGCUGUCCAGUACAGUCGAGUCUGGCAGAUUGAAAUGUCCCUUUGAUCCCUUGCAGCCAUUCACCUCCAUCCUCACAGAUCAGUACCUUUACGCGGGCACAUCAUCCGACUUCCUGGGCAAGGACACGGCGUUCACGCGCUCCCUCGGGCCUCCACCUGACCAGCACUACAUACGCACGGACAUGUCUGAAGAAUACUGGAUCAACGAGGCCAGGUUUAUAUCUGCUCAGCCCAUUGCAGACACCUACAAUCCAGACGAUGACAAGAUAUACUUCUUCUUCCGCGAGGUGUCGUGGGAAGGAAACGACAAGAGCAUCCUGUCCCGAGUGGCUCGCGUGUGCAAGAACGAUGUGGGUGGGCUGAGGAGCCUGACCAAUAAAUGGACCACCUUCCUUAAAGCCAGACUUGUUUGUUCGAUCCCUGGAACAGACGGCGUGGACACACACUUUGAUGAGCUCCAGGACAUAUUUCUGCUCCCUACCAGAGAUGAAAAAAACCCCAAAGUGUAUGCGGUCUUCACCACCUCCAGCUCCAUUUUCCGUGGGUCAGCAGUGUGCGUGUACAGCAUGGCGGACAUCAGAGCCGUGUUUAAUGGUCCGUACGCACACAAGGAAGGGCCCGACCACCGAUGGGUAGAAUACGAGGGAAGGAUCCCGUAUCCCCGUCCCGGAACGUGUCCCAGCAGGACGUAUGACCCGAGGAUCAAGACCACGAAAGACUUUCCAGAUGAGGUGGUCAGUUUCAUUCGAUUCCAUCCUCUCAUGUAUCACUCCGUCUACCCUCUGACUGGCCGACCGGUGUUCACACGCGUCCGAGUGGACUACACCCUUUCCCAGAUUGUGGUGGACAGAGUCCUGGCGGAGGAUGGACAUUAUGAAGUGAUGUUUCUGGGAACAGACGUUGGCUCCAUUCUGAAGGUGGUGAGCAUCACCCAGGACAAUUGGUCAACAGAGGAAGUGGUUCUUGAGGAACUUCAAGUGUUCCAGGUUCCCUCUCCCAUCCUCAGUAUGGAGAUGUCCUCUAAAAAGCAACAGCUCUACGUGGGCUCAAGUGAAGGACUAGCCCACGUUUCAGUCAGUAGAUGUCAACUGUACGGCCACGCCUGUGCCGAAUGCUGCCUGGCACGAGACCCCUACUGCGCCUGGGACGGACACACUUGCUCACAAUACGUCCCUGCGUCCAAGAGGCGAGCCAGAAGACAGGACAUCAAGCAUGGAGACCCUGCCAGUCAAUGCUGGGACACAGAGGACAGUCUCGUCGGGGGACGGUUGGAAGAGAGGGUCCUCUAUGGGGUGCAGAGCAACUCAACUUUCCUCGAGUGUAUCCCCAAGUCUCAACAGGCUCAGAUUCGGUGGUACAUUCAGAGACUUGGAUCUGAACGCAAGGAGGAGGUCCGGCCGGAUGAUCGCGUGAUACGCACAGAUCGAGGUCUCCUGAUCCGCUCCCUCCAACCCUCUGACGCCGGCGUGUAUGCCUGUGUUGCCGAAGAGCACACGCACUUCACCCACACUCUGCUCCGUCUCACGCUGCAACUCGUUACACAAGGACAGCUGGAUGGAAAGCCCAAGCCCAGCGAAGACCCGGCAACGGAGCCGCGGCCCGGCGCCGAGUCCCGCCAGCGGUAUAAAGACUACCUGAGGGUGAUGAGCAGCCCCUUCGUGUCUCUGGAGGAGUACUGCGAUUCCCUGUGGCUGGAGAAGAAGCCGUCCCGGGUGCGGGGACGAGGCUUGGGGGCCGGCAAGUGGAAGCACAUGCAGGAAAUGAAGAAGAGCCGGAACAGGAGACAACCUGAGGAGCGAGGGAGAGGGGUGAGGACAGCAAAGCAGUGAGGGGUGUGUCUGCAUUCACCGGUUGGACGAAGAAGCAGAACGUGACACAGAACUGCAAAAUUCUCAGCUCAGAGUUUACAAAAGACUCACUCUGAAAUAUACAGUUCAAGAGUUAAACUACUAGCAAUUUUAAGUAGUGUUGGGUUAUGAAUAUGUCAUUCAAUGAAUCUGCCAGCAUCUGUCCUGAUCGCCGAUAACAUGGCUUUAAAUGAAAACUAGAGACCGAAUAACAAUAGAUAUCGCAAUACUUGAAAUUAAUUUGACAUCAGCCGUCCGUCGGCUUGAUCGGUCGUGGAGGAGGUGAGCAGAUUUACGGUCUUCCUACAGCAAAAGGGUUCGCCCCAAUAGUAUACAAUGGCGGUUAAUAGGGGCGAUCAUUUGAUAUAUUGAAACCCAUAUUUGAGUUGGGAAAAAUAUAGAAGACAAGUUUGCUUGUGGUGAUGUCAAUGUCAUGUUGAAUGACUGUAAAUAUAUGUAUACCAUGUACAGGAGAUAUAGAAUGCUCAAUUUGGUCUUUAUACUAAUCUGUUUAUCUGUAAUUAUACUCACAUACGUUUGGAAUGACAUUUUUUGCAAAUGUCAUUCCCACAAUGUAGGUUUAAUUGCUAUUUUUCGUAAUUGCUGAUUUUUGAAGUUAUUUAAAUAAAUUUGUCCCGGGCCUCUCUUCUCUGAAUGUUUUUUGUCUGUCAUUGUGUGAAGAGAUAAAAUCAAUACAGACAAUAUAAUUUACGGUGAAAGUGCAGUUAUAUGCAGUCUCAAGCAGACAACAGACAUGGCAGAGAAUAGGUGAGGGUUAGUUCAGCUGAGAUUCUCCUGUUAUAGCAACACAAGUCCCUGUACACUGUAUGCCGAUGCCAGAAUGAUUCAGGACCAGCUGUUCUCUUUGUGACGAAGAGACAGAAUGUUCAGGAGAAACUGAGCUAAACGUAAAAGUUGUUAUCAAACUAAGCAUUUUACAGGUUUCCUAGAAUUAAUUAAUCAAUAUAAAGUUUGUCAUCUAGCAUUAUGCGACCCUGUGAUAUGCUCUCUCGUUAUUGUAAAUCGUAUUUUAUAUGUUUUUUUAUCUGUUCAGGGUUUGGAGCAAAGGUCUCUAAGCUGUGAUCUGUAUUAGUUAACAAUAAUAAUUAAUGCACAGUAUUUCUUUGCCCGAAUGACUUCUUUAAUUUAACGGGUCAAAUGUUACAUAUGAUAUAUUGUUAUGAGAAUAUUCUUAUAUGUAAGAAUAUGUUUACCUUUCUAAAAAUGUUAGCUAGUAACGGUUACUCAGUGAACAUAUUAAUUGGCCGACUUUUUCACAAUGCUUUUUUACAUAAGACAUUUUACUUUUAUCUAAAAUGUAUUUUAAAAAAUGCUAUUUUUACUUGAGCAAAGUAUUCUUGUACUCUUUUCAACCUUCCCCAUAUUAAUAAUAAAUCAUGGAAAACUGA